CAGAAAUCAGUCACCGAAUGCUGUGCUCAUACAACACGGACAUCGAAGAGCUUUUUGCAGAGAUCGACCACUGCUUGGCCACAAACCGAAGAAUUCUUCAGCAGCUGGAGGAGAAGUGUGGCCAUGAGCUCACAGAAGAGGAAUGGGGGAAGAUCCAGAGCCAGGCUCUGCUCCGGGAGACCCACGAAUGCUCCAUCUGCCUCACGCCACUCUCAGGGGGCAGUGAUGGUCAACGAGCCCCCUCAGGGUCGGGCUUCAGCCAGCCUUCCCGGAAGACAGUCCUCCUGUCCUGCUCACACACGUUUCACCACAUGUGUCUGCUGGCCCUGGAGGAGUUCUCCCCGGGGGACAGCUCUCCUUUCCACACGUGUCCUCUCUGCCGCUCUCGCUACCAAAAGAAAAUUCUUGAAAAUCAUUUGGGGACGGGUAGUUUACCCUAAGUUUGGAUGAAAUGUGGGCAUUUGGGUUAAGUACUACAGAGCAAUCUGUUCUCCAGUGAAGCACACUCUUAGUUACACAUGGGGACCUAACUCUUCUAAAAGCUGACAACCUAUCCAGUUUCAGUCACUGUAAAAAAAAAUUUCAAAUUCCUGAGUGGAUACAAACUCGAGUUUCAGAGCUUCUGUAAUUUACUGACUUGCUGUGCUUCCGGUUCAUCAGUGGGGAUUGCUCACAACAGUAAAAGUGCUCUUUUCUUUGAUGGUAAUCUGAUCAGCUGGCCUAUUUCCAGGCAGUUCGGAUUGGCACGACGUGGGCUGCCAGGAUGGUCACAGCACCCCACCUUCCCAGGCACACAGUUACCCACAUAAAGCUAGCAUCUGACAAACAAGCUGGUAGCCUGACAACACCCUUUAAGUGUCUUAACGCUACUUCAUUCCUAAUACUUGUUUUGUAGUAACUGCUUUAUUUCUAUGUGAUAAACUACUGUUAUAGUUCAGCAUUUUGAAUAUGUAAGUCCAAAAUAGAAAAAUAAAAUAUGUAGUGGUACCCAACAUCAGAGACUAGUAAAUCACAUCUUACUGACUUGGAGCCACACAUACUGUUUUAACUCAAACAUGAAAAAAAUCAAUGA